AUGACUUCUCUCGCCGCCGAUGAAUCCCUUCAACCUUCUCUCGCCACCGACGAAUCUCACACGGAAAUUGAAAUUCUCUAUUGUCAGCGAGUCCAUGCUUUUCCUUCCUCGUCUCUGGUUCUAGGAAUCGAAAUUUCUCACCCAUCGAGAGAGAAAAAUUCUGAUUCUCUGGAAUUUUCUCGGCAUAUCCGCCUUUACCUUUUUGUCGAUUCAGAAAUUUCCGGUGGUCUCGCUCUUGCUGUCAUCUCGUCGUCUCCGCCUGGCGAAACUUUCUGCUGUCUUUCCUGUCUUCCAUUUGUUCAGGAUGUGAAGGUCAAUAACCUUAUUGAAGAUAUACGUGAGAAUCGCUUGAAUACAAAUGCCUGGAAUGUCAUUGAAGCUUCAGUUAGCAAGAAGCGUCAUGUACCUCAACAAUCAUCACAAAUAAAGAAUACUACUAAAAUACAUUUUGCUGAAGCAGCCACAGCUGAGGUAUCUGAUGAGUGUUAUGUCGAGAGGAACAAGACAAACGUUGGCCAAAACAGUGGCAACAUUAGAGUUACAUCUGAAACUGAGAAGGCAAACAUUGGAAUUGUGAAGAUGGUGAAGGCGUUGACUGAAAAAGUUGAAAAUAUGAAAACUGAAAUGGCAUAAACGUAAUUACUAUUGGAUAUCAUGUUUUUUUUUUGCCUAAAAUAUGUGUUAUUCUAGUAAAUAUUUUUUGUUAGAUGUUAAUCUAGUGAUACACAGUAAUAUUUGUGCUAUUUUUAAGUAAUUUUCCUUGUUUUUUUAUUAAUAAUUCAUGUAAAAACUUUAGUGGGAAAAAUGUUUAAGAUUAAAAAUAUAAGGGAGGAUUACUAUAAUACAUUUUUAAAAAGGGG